AUGUCUCUAAUAGGAGUGAAAAUUGUAUUACCUGUAUCAAAGCCUUUGUGGAAAUUGUCUGUACAGACGCAAGCUAAAUUGAAUUUCGAUUUAUUGAAGAGCAGUUUAUUUUUGAUAUGCGCUCUUAUAAUUGAAUGUCUAGUCUGCAGAGACAUGAAAAUGUAUCAACAGCCUACUUGGCGUUUAUGGGGCGAAGAGCGCGUGGAAGGUGCUAUUUACACCGUGUACCUGAAAAAAGUGCGUUAUCAUAGACCUACACCGAGUGCAUCUAGUCAAGACUCCGAGGACGAAAUAUCACAUUUGGAAUGGGAAACAGUUCGGGUUCGAUUCGUCAAAGCUGGUACAUUGGCGAGAUUGGUGGAAGCUUUGGCGACAGAUGAUGGAGAAUUAGAAAGCACAUAUGUCAAUGUAUUUUUGGCCACAUACAGAGCGUUUGCAACGACAUUACAAGUUUUGGAACUACUGACAGAACGCUACAAGUAUUUAGAAGAUAAUUUAACGGAGAGCGAACAACAUAGAAAAACUUUAAUAUCAGCACUCCAUGUCUGGCUAGACAGUUACCCCGAAGACUUCAAAUCCGCAAACGAAACUUUAUCACCAUGUCUCUCUCAUUUGCUCCAAUUUACAACCCAUUACUUACCCCAUUCGGAUUUGCAUGCCAAAAUUUCACAUCGGGUCAACAAAAUUGGUUUAAAAAGCGGAUCCGUAGAAAACUUACUUUAUGCCGCUAUUCCAAAAAAUCACAGCUGCCAAAAUUUUGGAGAAUCGCAGACUGUAGUAGACAACGGAUCCAUAGUGUAUUCUACAAGAAAUUAUGCUCAAUUAGGGAUGGAGAAUUUCACUUUUGGAGUAAAAUCGCCACCUAUGACCACAUAUUUGCCGGAUACGUAUGUUCCCGACCAUAGAAGCCAUUUCGUUCACGAAUUCAGCCCAGAAGUGGCUGGGUUGGAUUUGGACAUUGCUGGAAUAUGCCUGGCACCAGGAAUGAGGACACCUCUGCAUACGAUGCAGGGGUAUAGAUUUCCCAAUGUACCUGAGAAGCAUUUUGCGGAACAGCUGACUAGAAUGGAUAUGCAACUCUUUAAGAAAUUAGUCCCGCAUCAGUGCUUAGGAGCAGUCUGGAGUAGAAGAGAUAAAGACAGGCAGCAUGAAGCCGCAACAGUAUUAGCAACAGUCAAUCAAUUUAAUGCUGUUUCAUUAAGGGUAAUAUCAAGUAUUUUAGUAGAGCCAGGACUUAAGCCAAAUGAAAGAGCUGCAAUCAUUGGCACCUGGAUCGAUAUUGCUCAAGAACUGCGAAUUUUGAAGAAUUUUUCAUCACUUAAAGCUAUUAUAUGCGGACUUCAAAGCAAUCCUAUAUACCGAUUGCAAAGAGUUUGGUCAGCAGUAGCUCGUGAUAAAUUAGAACUAUUUAGUGAAUUAGCAAGAAUUUUUAGUGAAGACAAUAAUCAAUGGGCACAACGUGAACUUCUUAUGAGGGAAGGCACCGCUAAAUUUGCAGACACUGCUGGAGAACAUGACAGACAUUUGCAAAAGGUUUUCCAAAAGCAAAACAAUUACUGUUCCAGCAUAAGCCACGGAACGAUACCUUAUUUAGGGACUUUUUUAACUGACUUGACAAUGAUUGACACAGCAAUACCUGAUACUGUAGCAGAAGGACUAAUUAAUUUUGAUAAGAGACGGAAAGAGUUCGAAGUCCUGGCUCAAAUAAAACUUCUUCAAGGAGCGGCGAAUGCUUACAAUCUUUCUAUUGAUCCAUUAUUUGAUCGAUGGUUCGACUCACUACUAGUCUUAGAUGACCGACAGGCUUACAGUUUGUCUUGUCAAGUUCAGCCUAAUGCUGAUAAUGGAAAAGUCAACAAAAAACCACCACAGGGUCACAAGAAAAAUGAUUCUAUAACGAGCACAUCUAGUAGCGGUGGGUCACAAUUUUACUACGAAAUUGCUAAUAGUGCUCCAAAUUCUAGAAAUAAUAGUUUGGAUAGAGGGGUAUCUCCACCCGGAAUGUCAGCUGCUUCCAGCAGUUCCAGCCUCCCAUCCCUGGACGUUUCCUUAUCAAGCGCUGGAAGCGGUGCUUUUCAGCAAAAGCACAACACUCUUAAACAAAAUGGAACAUCACCGCAACUCAACUCAACUGGACCUGAUUUUUAUAUUAUUAAAGUCACAUACGAGACUGAAAGCCGCGAGACGGAAGGAAUAGUUCUCUACAAAAGUAUAAUGUUAAGUAAUAGCGAACGCACACCGCAAGUUAUUAGAAAUGCUAUGUUAAAACUUAAUUUAGAAGGUGAUCCUAGUAAAUAUACACUUGCACAAGUACUGCCUGACCGAGAAAUGGUUCUUCCUCAAAAUGCUAAUGUUUACUAUGCUGUAAAUACAGCAUACAACUUGAACUUCAUUCUUCGGCCCAGGAAGGAGGAACUUCAACCAACUAGGUGACAUAGCUUAGGAGAUAUUUUGCUAUAAAUUGAAUUGUACUGGAUACCAUCAUUUUAGUUAUGUAUUCAUAAAAAAUCAUAUUUAUUGACGAACUGUAUUGUUGAUAGUAACGUUAGCUA